UUGAAGAAAUAAAGUCGACAGUCCAUGGAAUUCAUGUUCCUUCUUCCUUUUUUUAAAAAACUAUACCUAAACAUGCACAUUUUAAUGACUUUGCAGUAGGAGCACAACACAAAGUUGUCAACAUUGGCAAGAUGAUUAUUACACCUUUAAAAAAUACAAGGAUUUCAAAAUCUCACAUUUCUUCUAGCAGAAGAGGAGAUAUGCCUUUGCAGGCAAUCUUAAUGAGCAACAUACCGUCAGGUACUAUUACUCCUUUAAAAGAUUUGGUGAAAUUUCAAGAUGCUGGUCUGACUACUUCUGCAACAAAAGAAACUGUGCUCCCUUCAGCUUUACGUGACUUCAAGGAAAACCAUGCAAGAGGGGCAGGAACUUCCAAGAAAAGAGAAGGUAUUUUUCAGUCCACAUUAAUAACAGAUGGCACUUAUGUUAAAGAAUUUCUUGACCUCAGUGAAAUAAAGCCAGAUUCUGACACUGUAGCGGUACCAUUUCCAUCUUGCCAGCAGCAACAGAUCUUGCCACUAAAAGACAAAAAUUUACUGAAACGCAAAGCUUGUGAUCCUUUAACUCAUGAAUCUCCAGCAAAAAUCUUCCAAAGAAUGAAAGCCAAGGCAUCCCAUGAAAAGCAGCAUCAAAUGCCCUCUAAGGGAACAUUGUUAGGGACAGAUUACAACAGCAAUUUGAUCCUGACUCCUGCUACAAAACUUGUCCAUCAGGGAACACAGGAUAAAAAAUCCAGUGAUGAAGAAAACCAGCAAAGAGCUGGCAAGGUACCUGAUAGACAGAUCCAGCCAGGGAAAGCACUGCAUUGCACCAAGAUAGUGCGAAACCAAAAUGUGGAUUCCCUCGCACUGGACACUCUGGUUUCAGAAUCUCCUCAAAAGUUCUUCUUGCGCAUAAAACAGAAAGUGCAGAAGCAGCAAAAAGAUCCUGCAUUGUCAAACCAAAUCAAGCAAAGCAUUUCUUCAACAAUCAUGAACAAGCCCUUAAUCAAAUCUGAUUUUGCCAAACCAGUCAGUAAUUUUAAUGGAGAAUGUACAGUUAACAAUACCAGCAACAGUCAGGAUGAUGUUUUUCUUGUGGAGCCAAUUGAUGCUGAUGAUGAAAUGUCUCAAAAUACUAUGAUUGAUACUGUGAACACAAACGCCGACCCUUCUAAAACUGGGGCUCGGUUAGCAGAAAGGUAUGGAAGUGGAGAAACAAUAUAUGCCAGUACUCAUCGAGAAGGAAGACUAUUACGAGAGAGAACCUGGAAAACAGCUCAAGGAGUAGAGAAGAAAUCAGAGACUGACCUUCAGAGGCCCACACAGUGCUUCUGUAGUAUUAUGUUUUCUUCUCCAAAAGUCCACAUACCAAGAAAACAAAAACCAAAAGAAGGAGAUUGUAAGGCCCCCUCAAGCACGUCUCACAUAGAUAAAAAUGAUGGCAAUGAAAAUAAACAGUCAAAAAUCUGCCUAAGUGAGUGGAGGAUUAAGGUUAUCAACAACAAUACUGCUGUGUGUAUAGAAGGAAAACGGAGAGAUAUGAAAGAACUGUACUGGCAUAGUAAUGCAAUUGUGGAACGCAUGGCAUCCAACCAAGUUAAAACAAUAUCUGGCAGCAUCUACUUGUUACAAGGAAAUAUAGACUCUGUUUCCAUGAGAAAAGAAGGAUUUCCAUACAAAUUCAUCAAGAAGUUUACAUUUGGAUUUCCAGAACUAUGGAAACAAUAUGUUGAGAAUUUUCUUGAGGAACUAAAGAGGAAGGAACAAGAUACUGAUGAGGCUGGCAAUGAAAAAAUCAGUUCUGUGGAAGUGGAUAUGUUGGAAGAAGAGGGGGUAACAGGAGACUUAAAAAAACAAUCUCGAACACAAAACGCCACUUAUGAAGUAGCAUUGAAUGAUAACAGAUAUAUGACACCCAAACGCAAUUCUGUGCAGAAAGACCCGGAUGCAAGUUACAGCCGUAGUGGUCGGCGCAUUAAACCACCAUUGCAUUACUGGUGUGGACAACGAGAGUUCGUUGAUCGUAAACUAAAUGUUACUAUAGAAGAGGGUGGAAAAAACUACUUGAGUAUUGUAUGUAGUAGUAGUAAACAAGCCAAAAAGAAAACCGUUUCCAGCUCCCCAAAGAACAACAGAGAGGAUACAACAGAGACAAGUGAAGGAAAAACUAAAAGCCAAUCUAAAGGAAAAAUCUAUGAGAAGAGAACAAAUUUCGAAAAAGAAAUUGGGUCCAGUGACAAAAGAGACCGUAGACGUUUUAUUUCAGAUCCUGAUGAAAGUGACUCUGAAGCUGAACUUAAUAAUAUUGAUAAAAAGACUGUUGUAUUGACACCCUUGAAGCAUAAAAAGCUGUAUCAAAAUAACCUAACAUAUAAUAGCCAGACUGCAGAGCAAAGUAUUGCAGAAUAUGGAACUGAGAUGAGAAAUUGCAAAACAAACUCAAGGAGAGAGCUAAAGACUUGCAAGUAUUCUCUAAGGUCACUGAAACAGUUUUGCCAAGACAAACUGUUUACGGAAGAAUCCUCAAGCAAGGAUGAGGAAGACUCCAGUGAAGAUAUCCCUCUGUCUAUCAAAAGGAAAACAAAACCCUCUUUGGAAAGAGAGAUUUGUAAUUAUAAAUCUUCCUCCGAUGCUAGAAGUUCACAGAGCGAUGCAAAGAAGAAAUCGUCGGAGCAAAGAAAAAUAGAAAAUUCUGCAGCCACUUCCUCCCACAACAAACAGUUAAGGAUAGAUCCGUCUGAUCAGAAGAAACAAUCAGAAGUGGAACCGAAAGGAAAGGCUCCUGCUGGUGGGUCAAACAGUGCCCCUUUGAUUGAUAGGAGAGUAAACACAAGAAAAGCGAGUAUGAACCCUCCAAGGUAUGUGUUUGAGUCAGAAACUGAGACAGAAGACUGUGAUAGAGAAUUUCAAAUAAAAGAAAAGAAAUCAAAAGUAUCUGCCAAAAAACCUGAUAGCAAGAUUAUCAACAGUACAAAGUCUUCAGCGGUGAAAUCAAAGGAAUCUGACAAGAGAGAGGAGCAGAAUUUCUUGGAGUCUUUUCCGGGUGCAACUGAAGACUGGACUGAGAGAGAACUACAGAAGCUACACAGGGCUGUUGCUGCUUUUCCAAAACACAAGAAUGGCUUUUGGUUGGAUGUAGCAAUGACUUUGGGUACUCGGUCUGCGGAAGAAUGCCAGCAGAAAUAUAUGGAAGAGCAUCAGACAAAAGAUUCCAAAAAGCAUGCCACAAAGACUGCAUUAGAUAAAAAAGGACAAAAAGAUUCAGAUAAGAAACAGCCGGUAAUAACUGCAAAGGUGGGAACAUUUAAAAGGAAACAACAAAUGAGAGACUUCCUGGAGCAUUUGCCAAAGGAUGACCACGAUGAUAUUUUCAGUGCAACACCCCUACAGAAUAGAAGAGUAAAGCUCCCAACAUUCCGGGAAAGCCAAGAUGAUGAUGUCUUCCAGCUUAUGGACAGCAAUCCAAUCACACCUUCCUCAGCUGUCUUUCCCUUGGUAAAAACCCCUCAGAGUGAUCACAUUAGCCCUGGCAUGCUGGGAUCUAUCAACAGGCAUGAUUAUGAUAAGUAUGUGUUUAGAAUGCAAAAGAACACACAAGGCAAGAAGGGUACCUGGGGCAACAUCAAGAAGAAAUCGGCUCGAACUGUGUUUACCACUCCAACCUCUGGAAGAACCACCACAUUUGCUUUUGAUCAAGAUGCAGUGAAUGACUUUGUUAUAGAGAAGCUUUUCGUAGGUGAAGCAGCAGAGCCAUCUGAUGAAGAAGAGCAAGAAGAUUCCUAUUUUUCUACUUAACCAAGUCCAUGGUUGUAAAUAGUUUAACACUUAUUGUAACUUUUACUGAAUUAAAGGGCAAAAUAUUCCAAGGGACUUCAGCCAGCCCUUUCAGCUUGUGUGCCCAUACUUGGUUAUCACACACUUAAUUUUGGCCUGUAGUGUUUUAAGGUGUCCAAUUAUGUUUGAGUCUUGUUUCAUUCAUACCUAUUGGUGCGAUUAAUAAUACUUGAUCUUCUGUGUAAAUUGAAACCAUCUGUCCCAGUUCAGGGUGUACCUCUCACUUCACUUCCUCUUAUGGGGAGAAUUUAUAAAAUACCAAUUAGGAUCAGAAGUAUUUUUCCUUUUAAGGUAAAAAUGUUUUAGAAAUGGUAGUGUAAUAAACCUGCAAUAGAGGUUGUAAUGAAAUGGCCUUUUUAUUUCCUCUAUUGAAAACAGCUGUAUUUUUAUUAAAUAACUCUCAAUGCUUUUCAAACAUCUCAACUGUUUCAGUCAUGUCAUUGUUAUAGUAAAUGAUGUAAAGGUGUAAAUAUAAAAUCAGUUAAUUACCAGCUGCUUAAUGUUGCAAACCUGGACCCUUCAGAUAAUAUGUAAGAAUUUUGUAUAAAGCCUUUUUAAAUUGUGGGGAGGAGGGAGUGCAGAUCUCUGGCCAUGCAGGAUCUGUAUAUGAGGCUUCUUGAAGAAAAGACA